UUUUUGAGGGAUGUAUUUUAAAAAUUUGAAAGCUGAAAUUGAAUGUGGUUAAUGGGCAAACUGUUAUUUUGUCCUAAUGAAGCACUAACCCUUUUUCUGUGUGACAUUUGAAUUCAUCAGUAUUUUGUUGCUAUACAAUAUGUUUCACCCACGUAGGGCUUCAAGGAUGUGUGAGUAACCCCUGCAGCAGUGCAGGCGUUACUGCGUCACUCUGGUCCUACUAGGCAGCAUGUGUGGGCCCAGUGACGUUAAUGACGUGAGAGCAACUUCCUCAGGAUAAACCACAGCGUGAAGAAUGACAGAAAAAAAGAACAUCCUCUGCUCUCCCACAAGUACCUAACGUCCUCAGCUUUGUCCCUUUCCAUGCUUCAGUGCUUGUUUUCAGGAAGACUCUUGCUUCCUGCAUGAUGGAGUGGUGGAUGAGAGGAGGAAGAGGGGGAAGGGACUGGGAAGAAAAGGCACACUCACCCAGAUGGAUGAGGAUGGUACGACUCCCAGAGUUUGUUUGGCUUCAUUUUUAGACAAGUACAGGCAGCGGGAAUAGAGAAAACCUGCUUUUUUCUCUCUGCUAAAAUACCAGGGAAGGUUCAAGAUAAAUGAGAAUGAUUUGCAGGUCUACAAAUGCAUGGACACGAGUUUUCAGAGAGCCUUGUACUGGACUGUUGAACUUGCACUCCUGAAAUACAGUCGUUUCCUGUUGUGUUCUUCAGCUCAAGUUUGGAAUUAUUAGGAAAUGGGACAAUCAGCACAGGCCAGGAAAACAAGCAGUGAGGGUCACAGACGAAAAGACAAGGACAUCCGAACCCCAUUCAUUCCUGUGCAUCCCUGAAGAAAGUGGCUCCUUCUCCCUUUCCCUGGUUCAGUUACUGCUGCAGUUAUUUCAGUUUCUGACCAGCUGUGGUGUGGGCUUGCAGUGGCAAAAUGACUUCUCGGCUUUGGAAGACAUGCCAACAUCAGUGCAUCAAACACAGCCGACUACACCUUCGCCCUGCUAACCCUGAGGUAGACUGCUGUGUCUCACUGAGUCACACCUGCAACUAUGAGGCUGAGUGGUAAAUUAUCCAGCAAGGAUCUGCUAAUUAUCAGACUUCAUGGGUGUCAUGGAUGUUGGAUGUCAUCUUCAUUAAGUGUCACAGGAUGAGGAGAGUAUCAUUAGUGGGAAGAUGACUGUGAAAUGGAAGGAGUGCUAGAGCAGAGCCCAUGCUCGUGAAUCAUCAGUUGGUCUCAAACCCUUUCCUGGGGUGAAUCCUUCUCCUGAACGAUCCAACGAAACCACUCCAUCAAACAGUGCAGGUAGAAAAACAAAUUGAGAAAACUGGAAGACAGAACAAAUUACAACAAAGAUGGCCGGUUGAAAGGUAUCGUGGUCAGAAAAUCACAACGCAGAGUCCACUUUUCCUCAUAAGCACAAAACAAACCUUUGAUUCUCUCCUUUUGUAUAACUAUUACUUGACUUUUGAUAACCAGAAGCCCAAAUAAACAUUUCACUGGACAGUCUCAGACACAGAAACUUGACUUACUUGGCUUGAAUUAUAACUCUUAACUCAAGAUGGCGGCACACUUUACUCACUGAUAUAGACUAAAACCAGAAGAAAAGUUGCCCCAAACAAAGAAUUGUUAAUCAUGUGAGAACUGAACAGCAUCAAUUUUUAUUUGGAAACCAGCUGUUUACAGCACUAAAGCUGAUUUAGUUUGGACUGAGGAGGCCGGAAGAACUUUAUCAAUUAAUAAAGAGUCUGCUUAUUAUUUGGACUGAUCAUACUUUCACUCUAAAAACACAGAACCUGAUGCACACUCUGUCAAUUAGAGGAAGAGGAUGAAAUCACCUUGCAGCCACCCAAGGACUCCUGGCCAUGAGAACAGAACGUCUGUGCUCACCUCAGCCGGGCCUUCUGACCGUCCCUCUGGUUGUUUACGCGGUCAUGGUGGCUUUUUUGGGCUCUCUGUGGCCCCGCAGGGACACUAACGCGGAGCAGUGCCGGAGGGAGGGGCUUGGCCGCUGCUCGGCCUGUGAUUGGCCGAGCAGCGCGACGUGUACAUCAGUCAGCAGGUCUUUCUCUUUACAACCCUGCUCCACUGCCUGAGAAAGAGGGCCAGCACGAGAGGCAGCACGAUGAAUUCCAAAGGGAAGGGUGUAAAACCAUGCAGGAGAACGUGGUUGGACCCAGAGCCAGAACCAGAACCAGAAGCAGACACAGAGCCAGAACCCGGCUCCAGUGAGCAGGAAGGCUCAGAGGCCUCAGUCCAGAUUGGCGGCUCCUGGAGGGGCUCGCUCAGGAGGGGGGGGGGCAGGCGGCAGGGAGGAGGAGGUGGAGGCCGGCGGAGGAGGCAGCGCGGCUCCGGCAUCAAGGAGCGCAGCAUCCGGCGACUGGAGAGCAACGAGCGGGAACGCCAGCGCAUGCACAAACUCAACAAUGCCUUCCAAGCGCUGCGCGAGGCCAUCCCUCAUGUAAAGACUGACAAGAAACUGUCCAAGAUCGAGACGCUGACCCUUGCUAAGAAUUACAUCAAAGCUUUGACCACGAUCGUCCUGGACAUGUCGGGUUCCUGUCUACCUGCUGGUGGGGUCUCGCCAGAGGCCAGCGCUGCCAAGCUGCUCCAGUGCUACCAGCAGCAUCUGGAGGAGGAGGGGGAGGAGGGUCUCGCCCAGUACCUCACCCACAUGCACAGCCUCAGCCAGCGCAGCUAACACUUGCUUUGAGGUAGGGUGGAGACUGGCUUUCAAGGUAGAAGGUUGUUAGCUAACUCUAAAACAACAACCACUUCCUACAGGCACACUGCUCUUGGAUCUUCUUUUUUUCUAUAGGAAGUGGGCCUCAUUCCAGAACACAGACCUUUAAUAAAAAGGGAUGGGCUGUCUAUAGAACCUAGAAUGAUUUGAGAACCAUUCGCUUAUAGCAGAUACGAAGACUGUCUUUACAGUCCAUUCUGCAAAUAAUUUUGAAAAGUGAAAAAUAACUCUGCUAUCGUACUCAACAGUGAGGACUAACCUGUGCUUUUUUUGUCACUUCAUUUUCUAUGCUUUGUCCUGAGGCAACAACCCGCUCUCGUUUGUGUUACCUUGUGUUCUUCUUGUGUGUUUUCUGUUGAGGAACCUGUUGAUCAUAGCCUCAAGUUGCAACCGUUACAUCACAAAAAAAAGUAAUAAUAAAGGCAAGCAGCGCUCAUAAAAGUUAAAAAUGCAAAGCUACUAAGUGUGUCUGUGCAUC